CUGUUAAAAUUAGAGCCCUUCUCUUCUUCUUUUUUGCAGUGUCAGGCCAAUUCUAAAUCCCAAUUUUAGACGUUAACCUCCGCUUGAAGGCUUGAAAUUUCUGUGAAUCUACGACGGAGACUAACAUGAUGGAUCAAAUUAGGGCUUUCAUUGUGCGGAUUUGAAUGUUGAAUUGUUUGAUUUUGGGUUUAGCGGAUUGGUGAAUUACAUCAGAAUCAGUAAUCAGGAAAAGGGUAAUGGAAGGAGAGAAGCUUAUAGAAGAUCGUGGCUUUUUGGCUGCUCCUCUGACCUUCUUCGUCGUCGUUGUCUUCCAAUUGCUAUCUAAGUGGCUUGACCAAUUGAAGAAGAAAGGGUCGAAGAACACGAGGGAAUCAGAGCUGCGAUCUGAAAUUAAGCAGCUUUUGAGAGAGGCCAGUGCAUUGUCUCAGCCUGCCACGUUUGCGCAAGCAGCGAAACUUAGGAGGUCAGCAGCUACUAAAGAGAAAGAACUUGCACAAUAUCUGGAGCAGCAUAACAAAGAAAUCAAGCUUUCAUACGAUAUGUAUGGGAAGGUUUUACUUGCUUCAAAGGUUGUGAUAUACCUAAUCUUGGUAUUAUGCUUCUGGAGGACUCCAAUUGCCAUUAUCGCUAAGCAACUUGUUCAACCGUUUGGGACUUUGUUAUCUUGGGGAACAGGAGGUCACUUGACAGGCCAUGUAAUGGUCGGGAUCAUACCGUGGCUGAUACUCUCAACCAGAGUAAGCAAAUAUGUGUGUAGGUUCGUGGAGUUCUAAAUCACAGCCCUGAAAAGAGUGGAGAUUGGAUGGUUUUGAGUUCAAAGUUGUAGCUUUUUAGGAGACACUCGUGGCAGAAACUGUGCCUCUCUUUUUUUUCCUAAUCUUCCCUUAACAAUGUAUAUUUUAUAUAUGAAUCUUUUUCUAUGGUUUUUGUUGGAUUUUACCAAUAACAAAGUAGUUCGUUUUCUAGAGUUGGGCAGAUUGUUACUGAAGCAGCCCAAUAUUUACCCAAUGUGAGAACUAUAUAUACAUCACAACGCAUUGUCUCCA